AUGCAUCUGCUUUCCUCCAAGGACGAGUGGGUGGUGUGCGAAGCGGUGGUGGUGGUGAAGCGGGUGGUGGGCGGUGGCGCGAGCUCGGCCAGGGCGGCCGUUUCGCGUGCGGCUAAGCUCCUACGCUCAGACAGACUAGCGGCCAGCGCCCGCGCGGCCGCCGUGUGGCUGGUGGCGGAACACGGCGCCCACCACCCGCGAGCCGCCGCAGUGCUCGCGCACAUGGCCGCCACCUUCCCCGACCAGGACGAGCUGGUCAAGCUGCAGCUGCUCUCCCUGGCCGUCAAGCUGUCCAUCACGCAGCCGGACACGUUGGCAAUGUGCAGCUACGUCAUCUCAAUGGCGCGCUACGACGCGAGCUACGACGUGCGCGACAGGACGCGGCUGCUACGCCGCUUCGUAGACCCGAAACCCGGCACGGUGCAACACCUGCGGCGUUACACCACCACCAUAUUCUGCCCUGACAAGCCGAAACCGACCAUAGAGAGCAGCUUUAAGGAUCGGCAGCAGUUCACGGUGGGCUCGUUGUCCCAGUACAUCGGGUCGGCCGCUACGGGCUACAGACCUCUACCGGCGGCGCCGCGCGUAGCCGUAGCCUCGGCUCUACGAGAGACGGCUCCCACGGCGCAAACGGCUACGCAGACUAACGACGACGGACAGAAAAACAAGAGCUUCUACUCGGAACCGGACAGCGAGGGAUCCGGUUCCGGUUCCUCUUCCACCACUUCGUCCAGUGGCUCUGAGGAGUCAUCAGAUGAGGAGGAAAGCAACAAAGAAGAGAACGAGAAGAGAGCGGAGAAAACUAUAAAGGCGAACAAUUAUAGAUCGUCCAACUCCGGAACAUCGGACAGCGACUCCGACAGUUCCGAGAGCUCCGACAGCUCGGACGCUAGCUCGUCAGAGAGUAGCGAUGAGGAGGCCAAAGGCAAUGCUGAGAAGGAGUCGGAGCCGGAGCCUGUGGCGCCGAGGGGCGGCGAGAAGUCCAACCUGGAGCUGCUGCUGGAGCUGGACGAGGUGGCCAGUUCUCUGCCCACCAUGACGCCCACCUGUGGGGGCUUCCUCUCGCCGCCCACUCCUGGCGCGCCCCUCAACGGCCAGGGCGACAGCAUCACGCCCGUCGGCCCGUCGGCGGUGGCGACCAGCGGCGUUGAGCUCAUGUCGCGGGUGGUGUGCUCCGGCUUGGGGGCCACGCGCCGCUGGACGCGCUCGCCCCACCUCUUCUCGCAGCGGAUGUGCGCCCUGGAGGUCACCUUCACCAACACCACGGCCAGUGAUGUCACGAACAUACGCGUCAACAAGAAGACGUUGACCGGGUCGCGGGCCAUCCACGAGUUCGCGGCCAUCCCCUCGCUGGCCCCAGGCGCCUCCGCCGGCGGCACCCUCGGCGUGGACUUCGCCGACUCCAUCCAGCCCAUCGAGUUCACCAUCAUCAGCUCGCUGGGCGAGGUACCGGUGUCGAUAACGCCAUCUGUCGGCGAGCUGAUGAGGGCGGUGACAAUGUCGGAGGCGCGGUGGGACGCCGAGCAGAAGAAACUACGCGGAAUGACUGAGUGCGACAAGAAAACUGGGAAGCUUGCCGAGGACUCUGCGAUCUGCAAGAGGGUGUUCGAGACAGCUAACGUCGCGGCUGUUACCGCCACCGGCAGCUUCCUGAGGUUCGCCGGGCGGCUGAUGUCUUCCCAGGAGCUGGUGCUGGUCUCCGUGAGGGUAGCUGCGGACGGCGGAAUCGUCGCCGCCAACUGCGCCAACGUGGCGGUCGCCUCGCUCCUGGCCAGCGAGGUGGCUUCGGCCCUGGCUUGC